CGAUGAGUUCUAACCAUUGGCGUUACUUUGACUUCAUCCUCUUUGGAUUAUUAUUUCUUUAUGCCAGUGUUAAGCUCACAAGUGCUGUGCUGUUCUUUCCUCGUGGCGGUUCCAUUGGAUUAUUAUCUGCCGUGGCCAUUCCCUUGGACCUGACGUAUCGCAAUGUGUACAUGGCAUUUAACUUUGAGUCCAACUAUGGUUUGCCAUCGAAUAAUUCGUAUAAUGAGUGGAUUGAUAGGUGGGAUCUGGAUGAGGGAUUUCUGGGCAUUGGCAGCGAUGUGACGCCCAUAGAUGGACGCAAUAAUGAUAAGGACGACGACAACGAUAACCUAGUGAAACGUUCAACUGGACAACCGCCUCGCUUUACGCGUCACGACUUCUAUCGCGCGAUUGUUAACUAUCUGGGUCAGUAUGGAUACAAUGGCAGCGCCUGUUUGCUGCGCACCAUCUGCGAAGUGAGCGCCGAGCCGCUGGAUGUCCACAACGGCGUAUUGGGCAGCAUAUUCAAAAUUCUGUUCAUGCCAACGACAAGCGCCGCCGAAUUGCGACUUCAGCACGUGGAUAGCAUCUAUGAGGCAUCCGAGUUGGGCACGCGCGACUCGGACUGUGCUGAUUACGUGGCUGGAUGUGCACACAGCAUGCUGGACAUGAUAAGCGUUUUGCUCUAAAUCUAAUGUGUGCAUGCCUGCACUUAGAGAAUGCAUUUCACACCGACUACAUUACACUAAUGUUCUUGAAUGAGACUAGAG